AUGAAUUUAGAAGAAUUUGAUAUUGGGAUAAAUCGUGUGGAUAAUAGAGAUGAAAAAAUAUAUUACGUUAUUUUAGUUAAAUACAAAGAUUUAAAGUAUGAAGUAAAUAAAAGAUAUAGUGAAUUUGAAGAGUUACAUUGUGAAUUAUUACAUUUCGGUUUUUCAGCUUUACCAAAUUUACCAAAGAAAAAAUUAUUGUCUUAUAAAAAUAGUGAAUAUAUAAGUUAUAGAAAAAAUGUACUGAAUUCUUACAUACAAGGCUUAUUUAUUAGACCAGAUAUAAGGUGUUGCGCAUUAUUUUUGAAUUUUCUUAUGUUUUAUGAUAAAAUAAAUUUAUCUAUAGAAAUUGUAAAAACAAAAUUAUUAAAUAGUAUAGGUUCACAAAAAUUUUCAUUGAGUGAUUUAUAUAUUAAUGAAAAAUAUAAUUUUAUAAUUUGCGUUUAUGAGGAUAAAAGUAAUUUAAGUAAAUUAGGAAAAUUAUGGUCAAUUAUUGAACCUGAUAUAGUUGGUGAAAUUAAGAUUUUUUCAUAUAAUAAUGAUCUCACUUCUACAUUUGUUGAAAAAUAUAAAGAACAAACUACUUAUAAAGCAAGAAAUAUUAUUUGUUCAGAAAAAAGAAAUGAAGUUAUUAUUUCAGGUGAUGAUGGAAAAAUUCAUAUUUAUAAAAUAGAUAUAGAACUUCUUACAUUGACAUAUAUAAAAAAUAUUCCCUGUCAUAAUGAUACCAUAUUAAAAAUGAUGCAGCUAAAUGAUAAUCUUUUUUGUACAUGUGGUUAUGAUAAUGCUUUCAGGUUAUUUUAUUUAGAUAAUUACAAAAUUAUAAGUGGGGGAAGGUGUAAUAAAAGAUUAGAAAAAGAUAAAAUAACUACUUGUCAUUUGUUAGAAUAUAACAAUAUUGUUAUUGGUACUGACUGUUCGCUAUUCUUUAUAUAUAAUAUGAGCAACAACCCUCCUAUUUAUUUAGACACAAAGAAACUAAAAAAUGGAGAAAAAAUAAAUUGUUUUGCAAAUACAGAUAAAUAUUUAUUUAUAGGUUAUGAUAAUGUAAUUGCUUGUUAUAAUUAUCAUUACAGUAAUGAUAGCAAAAAUGUAAAAAAUAAUCCUAUCAAAAAUGAAUUACUAAUAAAAGAUAAUAACAAUAUAAAAAGUAUUUCAUUGACAAAUUAUGAGUAUAAUAACGCUAAUUAUAAUAAAAAUUAUGAUUACAAUAACCACUUAUAUAAACGUAACUUGAACAAUCAGAAUAUAUCAAAUGAAAGUAUUGCUACUACUACUACUACUGCUACUCAUAAUAAUAAUGGCAAUAAUGAAAAUAAAAAAUAUAUAACAAAGUUAGUUAUUGAUAAUAAUAUUUCGGCACAAUAUAUACCACCUUUAGUUUAUGAAAAUAACGUUUUAUCUUUAUGUGUUGAUAAAAAUAAAAAGGUUUUAUAUGCAGGUUAUGAAGAUGCUAUUAUUUUAUGGUCUAUAACUAGUGGUUUAAUCAUUUCAUCCUUUCAUGGUCAUACAAAUGGUGUCCAUUUCUUAAAUUUUCUGAACGGUUCAGAAUUUUUAUUAUCAGGAGGAAAUGGAGGAAAUUUAAAAGUGUGGAAAAGUGAUAUAGAUAAUUUUAAAAUAUGGAAACCAAAAAGAAAUUAUAAAGUAAAUCACGUAAAGUUAACUAAUAGAGAUGGAUAUAAAUACAAUGUUACUGAUCAUAAUAAUUUUAAUUUUAAUGAAAGUGAUAAUAGUGAUCGUGGAUAUAAAAGUAGUGCUAAUAGUGAAACUAUAUCUCUAGAUAAUUUAUUGGAUCAAACUAAAAAAAAGCAUAAUUAUGAAAUUUUUGAUACUUCUAAUUAUAAGAAAAAUUUAAUUAAUAAUAAUAAUAAAUCAGAGAAUGUGAACAGUUUAAAUUCUUCAAGGUGUAACAUUUUUUAUGAUAAAAAUCAAGAUGCACCAAAUUAUUUAACUUCAGAUAUGAGUAAUUUAGAUGUUUGUAUUAUAACUAAUAAAAAUGACAUAAAACAAAACAACAGUUAUGAUUAUAAUUUAUAUGAAAAUUUUGAUAAAAAAAAUAAUUUCGAUCAAAAUAUAUAUUAUGAUUGUGACUCAAUUCAGAAUAUUUAUUCUGAUAAUACAUCAAAUAAAAAUACAAAAUAUGAUUGUGAAACAAAUUUAAAUAUAAAUAAUUUUAACAGUGUUCAUCAGAAUAAUAAUUAUGGAAAUAAUUUUAAUAAAAAUCCCAUAUAUGAAAAAGAUUUUACGAAAAGUAUGGUUUAUGGAGCAGAUUCUCAAUACAUGAAUCCUAAAUAUGCACCUAUUGGGGAGUUACAUAAUAAUGAAAAUACAGAAAAGAUGGAUUAUAUUAACAUUAACGAUAUUAAUGAAAAUGACAAUUCUGAUAAUUUAAAAAAUAAUAUUGUUUGCGUUAGUGAUGAAGAUGAUGAUUUGGUUUCAGCUUUUACAUAA